AUGGAGCCUGAUGCCAAGACACUUGUUCAACACUGCAAGCCGUGUCAAUACCAUUAUCAUCAGAUCCAUACUCCGCCCACUGUGCUUCACCCUCUUACCGCCCCUUGGCCCUUUCACACUUGGGGCAUCGUAGUUACAGCCUUUAUUCGUGAACACAUCAUUUGCCGCUUUGGAAUCCCAGCGAUCAUCCUAUCGGACAAUGGCACCCCCUUUGUCAAUUCUCGGGUUGCUCAGCUCCUUCAACGAUAUAACAUCACGCAGCGCCAAUUUUCUGCUUACUAUCCCAAAGGCAAUGGUCAAGCCGAAACAACCAACAAAUCUCUCCUCAAAAUAUUCAGUCGCACGAUCACCGAGUACAAGUCUAAUUGGGUCGAUCAGCUGCCAUUAGCUAUUUGGGCCCAUCGCACCUCAAGGAAGCACGCCACAGGUCAAACUCCUUUUUCCCUCCUAUAUGGCACAGAAGCUAUCCUCCCGAUCGAAAUCGCCAUUCCUGCUGAUGCUUUAGCAACCCGGAGUAAAGUUGAUCACUUCACUCAUCUCAAGGCCUUGGAUGAACGUCGAGAAUUAGCAAGACAACAUCUCAAGGUUUAUCAACACACCUUGGCCAAAGCUUACAACAAGCAUGUACGGCCUCGUACUUUUCAGGUAGGCGACCUUAUUCUUAAAGCUGCUAAACACAUCAUGCACAACACUUCCGCCCCAAAAUUCACCCCCAAAAUGGGAAGGGCCCUAUGUUGUCAUCGAGGUCCAACCCAAUGGCUACUGUAG